AUGAUAUGCAAUUUAGUGAAACGUAUAUGGCAAAAAUUUCUUCAACUGAAUCUAUUCAAAAAACAUUCAAGUAACGAACAUACUCUUGAAAAAGAACUUCUUGCUACUCGUAUUUAUUUGAUUGCAUUAAUUGUAUGUUUAUCUAUUAUUACUAUUACUGUUGCACUUAUCGUUCGACCUGUUGACAAAAUUGAAUAUAAACCUUCACAUGAAAAGUUUUCACAAUUAAUUCGUAAGUAUCCAAGUACUCUUCAUUGUCCAUGUUCAAAAUCUUCAACAAACUAUUUUAAAUUCGUCACUACUAAAGUUAAUUUUCAUCAAGUUUGUUCAAGUGAAUUUAUUCAACAGGCAUGGAUUGACAAAUUAUUUACGAAUGAAAAAAUUACAACCAAAUCUAUCGAUGAUGCUCGUAUUACUCUUAGUUUUUUUUGGCAAACAAUUGCUGGUUUAUGUUUGACAAGUAACAAAAGUUGGAAUGAUGUUAUUGCAAAUUUUGAAGCUACAAGUUUUAUCACUCCUACAGCAGUUGCUGAACAAGUUAUUCGAGUUCAAGCUGAAAACACUCUUCAAAAUCAAAUAGAUCUAUCGAAAACAAUAAUAACUCGUAAUUUACUUGCUCUACAACGUAUAACACGUGGAGAUCAAAUUGUAUCAGCUUUACAAACAAAUUUCUAUUUACGUUAUCCACCAGCACAUUUAGGUCCACAGAAUUCUCUAAAAAUGACAGCUCGAACAUUUGGUAAUUGUACUUGUUCAAAUAUCGAAGGUUGUCCACGAUCUGCUACAUUUAAUGAUAGUUAUGGUCAUUUAGUUAAUGUACCAGGAAUGAUAGUAGAUUGUUUAGUUGUUGAUGGUACACUUGCCUCAACACUUGAAUGUUAUUAUAAUCAAUCAUGCAUUUCAAUUUUACAUGGACAAUUAUCGAUGAAUAUUAAACCAUUAUCAAAUACAUCGAAUAAAAAAUUUUCUAUGUAUUCAACAGUAAAAUCAAUGUUCAAUGAAUUAAUGAUAGAUGAAACAAUAACUGAAAUUCGAUUUGAUAAAUAUUUUUCAGAAUGUAAUUGUCCUUUUUGCUCAUAUUCAUAUCGAAGACGUUUUGACAUAUUUCUUGUUUUCACGGCUGUUACCGGCUCUAUUGGUAUGUUGCCAUUCAUCGUACGUUACAUUGCAUCUUUUGUUGCAACAAAAAUUUUACGUCGAAAAAAUCGAAUUUUACCAAUGGAGAAUGUGUCAACUAUAAUGCCUAUGGAACAGAAUCGAAAUCAACGUAUACAACUUCGCAUUCGACUUUUAUUCAAUAAAUUACGGCAAGCAAUAAUAUCUUUAAAUCUUUUUGAAAAACAAACACAUCGCACACCUACUAACAUUUAUCGAGAACAACUCCAAACAAGAUUUUUCAUCUUUUUCAUUGUUAUUUUAACAAUUGCUGCUGGAGUGUAUACCAUUGUUAUAGAACAAAAUCAUGUGAUAACAGUUUCACAUCCAUCUCUUGAUACUUAUGAACAAUUGUAUAAUGAUUAUCCAACCACAUUAUAUUGUCCUUGUUCAGAAAUAUCCAUUCCUAAUAAAGUUUUUCUUAAUGUAACAUUUGUAUUACAUCAAGUCUGUUCAAGUGAUCUGGUUUCAUUAGAAUGGUUACAUUAUCUAAGAUCUUUUGAUCCGACUCAUCUGUCACCUGAGAGCGACACCUCAUUUAGCCAAGAUUUCCGUAAAAUGGGUGCUUCUUAUUUUCAACUUCUAGCUGCUUUUUGUUCAUUAGCUGAAAUGAACAUUGCAGAUGCACAGCAUAUAUUUCUUAAUACUGAAUUUAUUAAUGAUCGUGUUCCGUCUUUACCACAUUUUAUUCAACAAACUAAAGCUAUGAUGACUUCAUUUAUUGAUACAACAAAAUAUGAUUUUUUACAAACAUUUAAUUGGAUGAGACUUAUUUUUCUUACUAGUUAUCUUUACAAUGGAUUGAAUACAAAUGUUGGUAUAUCUAUAAACGAGCAUAGUCAAGUGAUUACUAAUUUUCGUAAAUAUGAUAUAGUAAGCAUCAUACAAGACGGCUUUAUGAUCGCUUACCACACCUGCAAUUGUGAAACAAAUCCUGUUACCUGCUCUGCAAUCCCUUCACUCUAUAUAAAUACAUCAGAUCUUAACAAUAAUAAUGAAUAUUUAUUAUUUAAAAUAUUACAUCUUGGUUGUUCACCUUUAAGUGGGUUUCUCGAGUCAAAAACGGCAUGGUGGUACGAUAUCACAUAUAUGGAACAUAUUCAAGCAACUUAUUCGAUGGUUAUUCAUACUCAACGUUCACCAAAUAUCAAACCUCUUAAUGAAUCUAAAUCGACUCAAUUUGGUGAUACCAAUACGGAGGAUUUACUUGGAUCAUCUUCAAUUGAUGUUCGUUCAAGAAACUUUCCACGUAAUAUUUAUGAUAAAAUUAAGAAUUUUAACAUCUACGAAAUAGAAUCAACUGAUAACACUCAUAUUCGUCAACAACAAAUCUAUACAAAAGUUUAUCUAUUUCUUUACAUAGUUUUACUCAGUAUUGUACUCUUUUAUACAAUUCUGAUCGAACGUCGUAUUACUGAAACACAACAGUUACAUUCGAUUGAUGAUUAUGAACAAUUAUUAAACCUUUAUUCAGAUGAUAUCAGUUGCCCAUGCACAUAUACAUCAAUUUCUUAUGAUAAAUUUAUCACUGAAUUACAAGUCAGUUCAUUUCAUGAUGCAUGUGAUGAUAAGCGACUAUACACAAUAUUGACAAUGUGUAAGUACAAAGAUGUUAGUUUUACUAUUUGUCUUUCUAAAAUUUAA